UCCACUCUUCAUUCUUUUCCAUGCACACCAUUGAUCAAAAAACUUCACACACACAGACACACAGACACUAGCUAGGGAGGCAACAAUGGAAUUUAGGUAUGAAAACAGCCAAGUUUUGUCCAAGAUAGCCAACACCUAUCAUGGUGAAAACUCUCCUUAUUUUAGUGUGAAGCAAGUUUAUGAUAGUGAUCCCUUCCAUCCCACCAAAAACCCUAAUGGGAUUAUACAAAUGGCUGUUGCUGAAAACAAGCUUUCUUACGAAUUGAUUGCAGAAUGGAUCAAGAAAAAUCCGGGAGCAUCAGUAUGCAGCCCUGAAGGAGCUGAUGAGUUCAAGAACAUUGCAGCCUUCCAAGACUUUCAUGGCUUGCCUGAAUUUAGAGAUGCUGUGGCCAAGAUUAUGAAGAAAGUGAGAGGUGGAAAGGUGAAUUUCGAUCCGGAUCGAAUAGUAAUGGCGGGAGGAGUCAGAGGAGCUAUGGAGAUGGUAAUGUUCUGCUUGGCUGAUCCUGGUGAUGCAUUUUUGGUACCCUCACCUUGGUACCCUGGGUAG